ACAGACGUUAAGAAACCUUACCCAGCGAGCCCUACUUGUUUCUAACUUAUGUUUCUUGACACACGGUUUUCUUUAAUUUGGUGAGUAAAUUGUCGGUUGAAAGACUUUAACGGUCGGUUCAAACGGUAAAAGCCGCAAUGGCGUCGCCGCUGGAGAUGACAGAGAUGUACGACAACGCUCUGCUGGGAAUCCUGCAGCAUGUUGGAAACAUCCAGGACUUUCUUCAGGUCUAUUUCGGGUUCUUGUACCGGAAAACGGACUUUUAUCGUCACCUGUCAGUUCCCAACGACAAGAUGGGCUUCCCUCCCGGCGUGGCGGAGAAGAUGGUGCUAAAGACAUUUAAGCUGUUUGAGAAGGUGGCAGAGCACGACAGAGAGAGACAGCUGAGCGAGAGGCAAAAGCGAGAGGAGAGUAGAUGUGUUCCUCCGGCAGUUCAGGAGCUGGAAGUCGCCACGGAGCCUCGCGAGCAGCCGCAGGAGCCGAGCACAGAGGCAGCACAGGUGGAGAGCUCCCCCCUGGACGCUGGACACGUUUCAGCUCCUGCAGCCUCAGAGGCGACCGUCAGCCCCCAGCCCGACAGCAGCAGCAGCAGCGGGGGUCCAGGACAGUCAGCUGAGGGAGAGCAGGCAGCUGCAGCCAGCACAAACUCAGCAGCAGAGCGGCAGGUGACGUUUCAGGCUGAUCCCGACAGUUACAACGGGGCGGUGAGGGAAAACUACAGCUGGUCUCAGGACUACACUGACGUGGAGGUUCGCGUGUCUGUGCCCAAGACAGUUGUAAAGGGCAGACAGGUCAGUGUCAGUCUGCAGACCAGCGGCAUGCGAGUGUGUGUGAGGGACGGCGCCGAGGAGAAAACACUGAUGGAGGGAGAAUUCACACACAAGAUCAACACUGAAAACUCUCUGUGGAGCCUGGAACCUGGGAGCUGCGUGGUCCUGUCACUCAACAAGACCUCCGAGGUUUGGUGGAACGCGGUGCUGAAAGGAGAGAAAGAGAUCGACAUAAACCAAAUUAACCGCGAGCGCUCCAUGGCGUCCGUGGACGACGAGGAGCACGCCGUACUGGACAGACUCACGUUCGACUACCAUCAAAAGCUGCAGGGCAAACCGCAGAGUCAUGAAAUGAAAGUGCACGACAUGCUGAAGAAGGGCUGGGACGCCGAGGGCUCGCCGUUCAAAGGGCAACAGUUCGACCCCUCCAUGUUUGACAUCCCCCCCAGCGCGGUACAGUUCUGAGACUCAGCCAAAAAACCUCUGCCAAAUAUGAACUGAAUCCCAGUUUCCUCACAGAACCGGUUGUAAUAAAGUCAACGUUUACCUGCC